AUGCUCCUAAUUGAGAGUUCAAUGUUCAUACAUUUGGAUCGAGAAGCUGGAAAAGAGUAUCUUGCUAUUAACAAUUUAUUUGUCUUUGGGGAAGUAGCCCAUAUAGAAUAUUGUUGUGUUGCUGGAUCGCGUACCUACAACCUAGAAAUCAUGAGCACAAUUUUUCUGAAAAAAAACGUCAAUCGUCAUUUCAACUACUUUAACGGAGUCGAGUUUCACGAGCUCCUUUUCAGUGAAGAGGACCAAAAAAUGAGUUUGUCAGGACAUUGCGCAGUAAAGAUCAAUUCUCUAUUUUUCUCAUUCGGCCUGACGUCCGAUGUUGAUUCGCGCAUCAGUUUAACGAACACUCAUGAUAGAAAUAAUAGCCUUGGGAAGAACAUGAUUGUUACAGCUGAAACAGCUAUCAAUUGA